GAGAGAGAGCACAGCAGUGAGAGAGAAGGACCUCAGUGUCUGCUUACGGCAUUUUUCCUUGUGAAAAACAAACAAAUAUCCUGACAGAGAACCUCCUCGUGGCUUCAGUCUUCUGUAUUUUUUAUUUGGAGGGGGUUCGUUUUUUUUCGGAAGUGUUCGGGUUCAGGUCUCCGAGGUUAUGUGCCGUCCGAAGCCGCUUUGGAGCGUCGCUGUCCGGGGUCCUGAGUGAGACACAGCCGGCCACAGGAGCCUGACAUAACCCGUGAGUUGAAAAGCUCAGGAGCCAUGGAGCUGAGGGUGGGGAACAAGUACCGCCUCGGGAGGAAGAUAGGGAGCGGAUCCUUCGGAGAUAUUUACCUCGGCUCUAACAUCGCUACAGGAGAGGAAGUGGCCAUAAAACUGGAAUGUGUGAAAACCAAACACCCACAGCUCCACAUCGAGAGCAAAUUCUACAAGAUGAUGCAGGGCGGAGUGGGAAUCCCGUCCAUAAAGUGGUGCGGGGCUGAAGGCGACUACAACGUGAUGGUGAUGGAGCUGCUGGGCCCCAGUCUGGAGGAUCUGUUCAACUUCUGCUCCCGCAAGUUCAGCCUGAAGACCGUCCUGCUGCUGGCCGACCAGAUGAUCAGCCGGAUUGAAUACAUCCACUCCAAGAACUUCAUCCACCGAGACGUGAAGCCCGACAACUUCCUGAUGGGACUCGGCAAGAAGGGCAACCUGGUCUACAUCAUCGACUUCGGCCUGGCCAAGAAGUACCGGGACGCCCGAACGCACCAGCACAUCCCGUACCGCGAGAACAAGAACCUGACCGGCACCGCCCGCUACGCCUCCAUCAACACACACCUGGGCAUCGAGCAGUCGAGGCGAGACGACCUGGAGUCCCUGGGCUACGUCCUCAUGUACUUCAACCUGGGCUCUCUGCCCUGGCAGGGCCUCAAGGCUGCCACCAAGCGGCAGAAGUACGAACGCAUCAGUGAGAAGAAAAUGUCCACCCCCAUCGAGGUGCUGUGCAAGGGAUACCCCUCUGAGUUUUCCACCUAUCUGAAUUUGUGUCGCUCGCUGCGGUUCGACGACAAGCCGGACUACUCGUACCUCCGGCAGCUCUUCAGAAACCUUUUCCACCGACAGGGCUUCUCCUACGACUACGUCUUUGACUGGAACAUGCUGAAGUUUGGGGCGAGCAGGACGACGGAGGAUGGAGACAGGGAGAGGAGGGAGGGAAAAGAGGGUGAGGCGAGCGGAGGAGGUCAGAGAGGAGCCGGAGGUCGAGCUCUGCCGCCCGGACCAAACCCGGCAGCAGCCAACCGAGUCAGGAACGAGGCGGACCCUGCGCCCUCCAACCCAGCCCCGCGGGGGGUCCAGCAGUCAGGAAACCGCUCUCCUCAGGCGGGGAGAGCAGAGCGGGCCGAGCGAGAGAGGAAGGUGGCCAUGAGGCUGCACCGCGGGGCUCCAGCUAACGUCUCCUCCUCCGACCUCACUGCACGCCUCGACCAGUCUCGCUUAACUGCCUCACAGGUCAGUGUGCCGUUUGAACAUCUGGCAAAGUGAGUUCCUCCUGGCGUGCAGGUCAGUGGCAGCAGCUGCAGGGUGCUAAAUAGCACUUCAUUUUCGAGUGGAUGAAUGCAGAGAUGAAUGAGUUUCGGAGCAGGAGGAGGCGUUUCAGGCCUUUCAAUUGGGAAUGGAGGCCGUCCGUGUGUCUGUCAGUAUGCUGUGUGUGGACAGUGUUGACUAGAGGAGCCGGAGAAACACUGAGAUGUUUUUAAAAAAAACAGCGGGACACACAAAAAAACUCUUUGCUGGAUCUGAUUGGUUCUGCUUUUUUCGGGACGUGGCCGCAGCAGGAAGUGGGUCAAACAGGCCCCGCCCCCCUCGUCACUCAUCUUCACCUGCCCAUCGACUCGAGGCUCGACUAGCAAAAAAAAACAACCAUCAAAGUGCACAAAACGGACUCAAAAUUGAAGUUAUUCUGUGGUUUACACCUGUGAUAAAAAACGUAAAAUCAGCUAAAAAACCUGCUAAUGUUUCCGAGCUUCAUCCGCUGCUUAUGGUGUUCCUGACUAUAGCAAAUAUGUAAACAACUAUGGAGACAAACAGUGUGUUCGGGUUUAAAACCGAUGGAUGAAAGAGUGUGUGAGAGGCUGCUUUUCGUCAGUAUGUGUCGGUGUCUGUCUGUGUUACUGUCUUAAGUGUUCGUUUUAGAUUUGCUUUAGAAAGCCUAAAGGACGGAGGAGACGAUGAAUUAUAGCAGAAGACUAGUCCCAAUUCAAACUUCUUCUUCUGCAGCACACGUGGGAAACAUAAAGAAGAAGGAAGGGGAGAGCCAUGAGGAUUGUACGAUACGAUAAAGCCUUUAGCUUGCCAUGUAUGAGAAGACUAGAGAAGGUUUUACGAUAUUCAACAAGUCUGUAUUAUUGUUUUUUACUUUAGUUUUUUUUUACUUCAUGUACAAUGUGUAGAUACCUCAAAAUGACCACAAACAGAUGUAAAAAAAGAUCACAAAGAGACACAACAUCUACAAAAAGACACCAAAUUACUCAUAAUAAUGGCAAAGAACGAUGGCAAAACAACCACAGACCAACAACGACUUGUUAAGUUAUAAAUAAUUGUGGUAAACAAGUUUGUUCUAUGGUUUUUUAUGCUAUUUCCUCUUGUUUUGUUUUAUAAUACACGGUAAAAUGUGUAGAAACCUCCAAAUAACUACAAAGAAACACAGAAUUAGCCCAAAGUUAAGGCUACAAAAAGUUGCAAAACAACCACAGACAAACAAUAACUGGAGAGAAAUAUAAAUAUUGAUGGUAAACAAGUUUGAAUUAUUGUUUUUUGCUUUUAUUUAUUUUGUUUUGUUUUAAAAUACAUGGUCAAAUGUGUAGAAUCCUCCAAACGCCUGCAAAGAGACCAGAAUACACACAAAAUUACCCCAAAGCAAAGGCUUCAAAAACCCCGGAUCAGAUCAUGUAAAAUGUGUACACACCUUUUGCCAGAAUGUGACAGAUUGUUAAAGCUUGAGCUGGAGAGAGAAGAGAAAUGUGGACCUCCUGACGGCGCUGGGUAAAGUGUGAAACACACAUUUGUACAUUGUUAACCCUUGGAGUCCGCCAGUGUUUUGUUUCCCAGUGUGGCGGGCAAUGACGGAGAGGUUCCUGUUCAUAUUUAUUGAGGAGUGUUUAGACCCAGGUGUGUCAGGAGGGACGGAUUUCACCGAUGGGAUGGAGCUGUCUGACGUCCUGCACAUUUCUUCUUCGCCAUGCUUCAACU